GUACAUUUGCAGGCGCCCAUCCUCCAUUUCUUCACCUCCGCAUCGAUUUUGGCACAACCAAGCCGCAUCUCAGCGCAUCCGUAUCUUUCUUCUUAUAUCACAGGACAUUCACUCGACCUUGCAGUUUUACAUCCAGCCAUGGUCCAUGUUAGUGCCCACCUUCUGGUCGUACUGCACCUGCUUCCGACCCUCGCGAUCGGCGUCUGGAGGCACGCCAGUGCGAGUGAGAAGCUGGAGGGAAGUGCGGCAAGGAGAGCUGAGCGAACAGACCGGCAGGCCAGUGCGGCCGAGAGGCUCGAGGGAGGUUCCGCAAGGGCAGCGCGAACAGAACGGCUCGCCAGUGCAUCCCAGAGGCUUGAGGCAGGCUCGGGCAAAGCGGGACGAAGUGCGACGACAGCACGAACGGUGCGCUUCAGCACGCUGGAGGGUGGCCAGGAUAACAAGGCCGCCCUGGGCAAGAUGAACAGGAUGGGCGUGACCCGGUACAAGCGCCAGGCCCACCACAAGAAGACCAAGAGAAAGGAUGGCAAGUUCUUCUGGCCCGACCCCGCCAAUCGCGAGGCCACGGUCUACUCUGGCGCCACGGACCUGUUGGAGAAUAUCUCCUGGGGCUGGCACCACCCGACUGGCGUGUAUAGCACCAUCCCCGUCGGCAGCCCACUCUUCGACGACGAGCAGAACAUCUACCUCGGAUCCGACGACGCCAUCCGGAAGUUCGACAUCACGGGCACCCUCUUGUGGAGCUACGCCCCCCGAGGCCAGCUCGCUGCGGCGCCCACCUUGGUCCUCGCAAGCAGCAGGCGCCUGGCGGCCCGCGCGAACUCCGCCGAGAGCGCCGAGGAGGAGGACCUGGUGCGGCCCGAUUGGGCCAAAGGCGACAAGUCAGAGCAUUCUGCAGUCUUCUCGUUCAAGGUCGGCGACCUCGUGAAAGUGAAGCCUGGCUUUGGUUAUCGGGCGGACGGCAAGGACCUCUACAAGGCUGGCGACUUGGGCACGAUCACCGGCGUCGUUGAGGGUAACAGGGCCGUAAUCGCCUGGACGAGCACCGGGCACAAAAGCGUGGUGAAGCUUCGCUCUAUAGGGGACCGCUUCUUGCGCGUGCAGACGCAGGUGGAGGCCGCCACAUUGCCCUCCAUGCUGGUAGGGAGCACCACCUCUGGCUUCGUGUUCGCGAUUGACCUCGCGAGCGGAGAGGAGCUGUGGGUAACAUACGCCUCCAACGAAAUUGCUGGCGUCAAGGGGGCUGUUGCUUGCAAGGAUGGAAUCGUAGUAGUCGCAACGGACCGCUGCACUGACCGCUAUUGCUAUAGGUACCGCAACCAGACCAAUCCCCUCACGCCGGGCAAUGCCAAGGUGCGGGGCCUGAGCGCAGCAGAUGGCACCGCUGUCUGGGAAUUCAAGACCGUGUCGCCCGUAUGGAACAUGGUCCCUCUGUGGGGCCCCAACGACACAGUGAUGUUCCAGGAUUGGGAGGGCAGGUUGUACUCCCUGGACAUCCUGACUGGCGCCCUCAUAUUUCAGGUUGGUGGCGACAUCGGGACGCAUACCCAAGCAGCCGCCGCAUACGACCCGGGCCACAACGUCGUGAUCGCCCUCGGCGUGCAGCAUUACAAUGUCGAGACCUACAGAAUGGCUGACGCCAUCGGUACGGAUGGCGGCAAAUACUGCAAUCCUUAUCCAGCACCUGGCAUCCUCAUUAAUUGCUGGACGUGGCCGGGCUCAAGCGGCUUCAUCCGUGGGUAUAAUGCUUCCUCGGGCAGGAUGCUCUGGCACAAGAGCACGCCAGAGCCGCCGGCCAGCGCCACUGCUGCUAUGCUCACGUCCGACUAUCACACCCGUGUAGUGGUCACCUUGGCCUUCAACUGCAGAUUCAACUCGCCCUCCCAGAUCUGGUCCGUCGACCCGAACAACGGCCACGUCCGGUGGAGGCGGGACGGCCCCACGCUGUGGACCAGCCAGUGCGCUGGAGACAGGGAGGGCGCCGACAUCCGCCGCGCCAUGGGCGGCCGCGCCACCUGCUCUCCCAACAGCUGGUCCUUGCCUGCGGUCGACUCGGCUGGCGACAUAUACGUUGGCAAUCAAGUCGGCGUGCUGCAGCGGUGGGGCACGCCGGCUGGGCUGUCGACAGGAGCGAGGAACGUCCAGCUGCUCUCGACCAUGACGACCGGCGUGGCCUUUCAGGACGCCUCUAUCGCGUUCUCCCAGGACGUCAUGGCCGUCUCCACGUGCACCUCCUUGCUGGUCUUUCAGACCUACGCAGAAAAGUUCAACUCGUCGGAUUCGUGGUCGGUCUCACACGAUGAUUACUCACCCAGCCCCGAGAUGGUCCAUGGCGAGGAGGUGAGUCAUGACAUCAGUGAGACUCCACACACUGUCCCUACGGGAGCUCCCGGGUCCGGGCUGAACCCUACCUGGGACUCCUGAUGGGCGGCUGGUCGUUGGUGCUGCACCGGUGAGUUGUCACAUGCAGACGAUCGGGCGGACGGCAAGGGGGGGGGCAAUGAGCGUGGGGGAUCGAGGAGUGCAGGGAAGGUGGCAGCUCAAGGGGCCCUGAGCAGUUCCUAAGCUGCAGCCGCCGACCCGGAAGGUGCACGAAAGCUGCUCCACGUUCAUCAGGAGGAAAAGAAACACACAGACACAAUUAAUCCUCGAUUGCACAGAAAAUAUGGGAAAAUAUGG